CUCACCUAGAUCUUUAUUUAAUGAACUCUUUACCAAUCCAUCUGAGAAGUUGUCUGUUGAUACUGAUUAUAAUAAGAGAAACGAAAUAGUAAAUACAAUAGUAAAUAUGUUACUAGAACUAACUAAUAAAAUAUUAGUACAAAACACCUCAAUUAUAGAGAAACAAGAAGCUCUAGAAACUACUGUUACUCAACUUUCUAGUGACAUCAAAACUUUGCAAUCUUUAUAUGAAAAUCUAAAAUCAAAAACCAAAGAUAUUAUUUAUGAAUGGUAG